AAAGCACCAUUGUUUUCUGAUGCCAGUAUGGAAGUCAAAUGUGAAAAUCCGUAUAUGGCAUCUCUAUUCAAAUCGGACUCAACAAAAGACGCUUAUGAACCAUUUUCUGGAAAGUUUGUCUGCAAAGAACGACAAGCAAUUACUGGUAUAGAAGUUUGUUUCCCGGUCAAUUUGGAAUAUGUCGCUACCGAGUGCACAACUUUGCAAGAUGGUUAUGACAUUCAUAUAGAAGAAGAAACGUUGUUCCACAAUUCGCCAGAACGACCAGAGAAAGCAAUCUGUGACGAUAAACAAGCAAUGAUAUCAUUGCAACUUAAAAAGGAAGGCAGAGACGUCAAAGUAAUCAUAGGAUGUGCAUCUAUCAUAAAGAAAUGAUUGAUUGCCCUGCUUCGAAUUACCAUCCGUUUUGCGUCAAUAUUACAUGAGUAACAGAUUAAAAACUUUAACGUGAUUCAGCUAAAUUAUUAUGUCUGUGGAUCACGAUACCAUUGUUUAAGUAUUUUCUUAGAAUAGCUUUUGAAAUUUCAAAUGUCGCACAAUUUUUUAAUCAUUAUUUAACUCUUUGAAGACCAUAACGCCCCAGACAGCCUUUCAUUCAAGCGACCACAACCGCCCAAAACGGCCGAAAUUCCGAUGUUGUUUUCUUCCCUCCCCUAAGGUAUGCAGUAGCAGGUGCAGUUCCCCCAAAUGCAUUGUAUCAGUUUAUUACAGACAGCUUGUCCUAAAAGGAUUUAUUUGUGGUUUCUUAUCUUUAUUGGUUAGGAAAUAGACAGGAUGACAUUUGAAAUCGUCACUCUUCUUUGUGCGUUAAUGGACGGGGAGGGAAGGAAAUUACUGUGACUCUCGAAAACCUUUUCGGGCGGUUCGGUAUUUUAUGAGUACAGGUUAACGAAAACUUCGAUUUUCAAAGAGUUAAUUAUAAUCUUAGAUCUUGGCAAACACCUUUCUGCAACUUUGAAGAGAACAAUCCUGAAGAAACUAAAAAGUUCUUUUGUAUGUUAAAAAUCUGUAUCGGACGAAAUGGUUAACAAUUGUUUUCAUAAAGCUUUCUCUUUCAUCAUGCACCAUUUUCUGAUAUUAAACAUAUUUAUAAAAUGAUAUAUGAAAGUCAUUCUAUUACAAUGUCUAAAAGAGCACUAAUUAAAAUUCAUGAUACAUU